AUGAAUGCCAGAUUCCAGCAACAUCUAGUUUGUCACAACCUCACCAAAGCAGAGCCUGACCGCAACUCGCGCGCCUCACAGCCGAAUGACCGAAAUACGCUCGCUGGCAGCGCAAGCACCUCGCCUGCUGGAGCUCAGACGACAAGGCCGCAAACCGCUACAAACCAGGCCCGUCGCUCGAACGUGCUCCCCUCAUCCUACGAACGCAGGCCUGGCUCGAAUCCGUUCGUCAUACGGAAACAGCAGCAGCAUCUGGUUCAGGAACGACGGCCUCCACGCACAGGCGUUCAACGGGGCGCUUUUUGGUCUGGACCUCAAGUGAGGCCGCCUAGGGACAGUCAUAGCGUUAGAAUCACUGGCGGGAGCGCCGGCCGGAGAAGCAGAUGGGAUGCCGGUCACGAAGAAAGCCCGGGUUACCGACGCAGACGGAGUUGA